CUAACUAACAAAACUGAGAUUUCCGAAGCAUCCGCGAGGAAAUUUAUAUUUAUUUAUCGUUUGUCUCAUUAGUUGAAAUAACAAUUCGCGCAGUGCGGUGUUGUCUAUUGUGACUGAAGGCUUUAAAAACACACAUUCAACAUGCACACUGUUAUGACCCGCGGAAACGCGAUUUUAGCGUAUUCGCUAAGCGUGCUUUCGGUUCUAACCUUCUGCUGCUUUGCUUCCACGUUCUUUUACGAUUAUCGUACGGAUGCAAAAAUAAAUACAGUCAAAGUACUGGUCAAAAAUGUUCCAGACUUCAGCGCUUCCAGAGAGAAAAAUGAUCUCGGCUUCAUCACAUUCGAUCUCGGCACCGAUCUCAACCCCCUGUUCAACUGGAACGUGAAGCAGCUGUUCCUGUACCUUACAGCCGAGUACACCACGGAACAGAACGAACUCAACCAAGUGGUGUUGUGGGACAAAAUUAUCCUGCGUGGAGAAAAUGCCAACUUGGACUUCAAGAACAUGAACACGAAGUACUACUUCUGGGAUGACGGAAAUGGUUUGAAAGGACACCGGAAUGUUACGCUUACGUUAUCCUGGAAUAUUAUCCCCAACGCUGGGCUGCUGCCGAGUGUGUUCGCUCACGGACAGCAUUCCUUUAAGUUUCCAGAAUCGUAUAUCGAAUCACCAGUCUAGUCUUAGAGAAGAUAAGAUGUCGCCCUGCUAACUUCAAGCUGCUAUUUGAGUCGACAUCGCUUGGACUGUAAUUUCGAUCUUAAACCAUUUUUCGAUGUGAGUGAAGAAUUGAGAAUGGUAUCGUAAUAAAUUGCGAAGGAAUUUAUCACA